AUGGAUGCACCUGGUGUACAGGAGACUCCCACUGAGGGGAAAAGGGCCACAGAUUCAGAGGAACCCGACAGAGCCAUGGAGAAGAGAAUACGUUCUCCUACACUGAGCUGUGUGUCCAUGACAAGUCACAACUCAAAAGAAGAUCCACCUGACUUCAGAGAAGGAGAAACUCCUCCAGAGUUGAGUGCCAUGGAAAAGAGACCAGGGUCUCCUACAGAGAGCUGUGGGUCCAUGAGCAGUGACAAAUCAAAAGACAGACCACCUGACUUCAAAGAAGCAGAGCCUCCUGACCUGAGAGCCAUGGAGAAGAGAAUAGGUUCUCCUACACAGAGCUCUGUGUCCAUGGGGAGUGACAGAUCAAAGGAUGAACCAAUAAAAUUCAAAGAAGCAGAACCUCCUCCUGACUUGAGGAAGGGACAAAAGGGAGAAUCGCAAGGCAUGAAAGAUUUGGCUGAGAAAAGGAAGUUUCGUGAAGAUUUAUUUAACAUCUUCUCGGAAUUGGAGAGUAGAGUCAUGACAUUUAUGAAGCAUGAGAUGGAGAGGUUUAAGAAACUUCUGAGAAAUGACAACGCAAGAUUCUAUGACAAGGGAGUAGAUGACAACUAUGAUGCCAGAGAGGGUGCUCUCAACAUUGCAGUACAUUUUCUACGGAAGAUGAACCAGACAGGCCUUGCAGACUCCCUGGGGAAAUGUCCCAUUGAGGUGUGUCAGCAGAAGCUGAAAUUAAAACUGAUGAACCGUUAUGGACGUGUAUCAGAAGGAAUUUCCCAGCAAGGCAAAUCAGAACUCCUUGAAGAGAUUUACACUGAUGUCUUCAUCACAGAGGGAGUAGGUGGCACAGCCAAUGAAGUUACCCAUGCUGAGAAAGCAACUCGAGCUAAAGAGGCAGAAGAUACACCCAUUAAAUGCAACAGUAUCUUUAGGUCUGAAACGGAAAGACCCAUUAAAACGGUACUUACAAAUGGACUUGCAGGCAUUGGAAAAUCUGUUUCUGUCCAGAAAUUCAUUAUGGAUUGGGUAAACGGCGUGGCAAAUCAAGACAUCGAAUUGAUCUUUCCACUUCCUUUCAGAGAGCUGAACCUGAAGAAUGACAAAUAUAGUUUCAUGGAAAUCCUUUACCAAUUCUUUCCUGAAACAAAAGGGUUGAUGUUCACCAAAAGAAAGGACUAUAAAGUCCUAUUCAUCUUCGAUGGUCUGGAUGAAUGCAAACAUCCUCUUGAAUUCAGACAAAAUGAAAUCUGGUCUGACCUAACCACACAAACCUCAAUGGAUGUCCUUCUGACAAAUCUGCUCAAAGGCAAUUUGCUGCCGAAUGCUCUCAUAUGGAUAACCUCCAGACCAGCAGCUGCCAAUCACAUCCCCCCUGAAUGCAUAGAUUUGGUGUCUGAGGUACGUGGCUUUAAUGAAGAAAAGAAAAAGGAGUACUUCAUGAGGAGGAUCAAAGACCAGACACUGGCUGAAAGAGUUUUCAAACUCAUAAAAGAAUCAAGAAGUCUCUACAUUAUGUGCCACAUACCAAUCUUCUGCUGGAUCUGUGCAACAGUCUUUGAAAGCAAUCUAUCUUCACAGAAAUCUGAGGAGCAAGUCCUGAAGACACUUACACAAAUGUACUCUCACUUCUUGAUCUUUCAGAUGAGACGCAAGACAGAGAAGUAUGAUGAUGGGAAACCAAUUUUGGACACCAAGUGGGAUGAGAAGGGCACUCAGGCAUUAGGGAAGCUGGCUUUUCACAACUUGAUGAGCAACAAUCUGAUCUUCUGUGACAGUGAUUUGAAGGAGAGUGGCAUUACUGCAGAAGAUGCAUCUGUGUACUCUGGAAUGUGCACUCAGAUCUUCAAGAAGGACUCCGGGAUAUUCUUCGGCACUGCAUUCAGCUUUGUACAUCUGAGCAUUCAAGAGUUCAUGGCAGCUUUAUAUGCACACAUCUGCAUCAACAAAGAGAAGAGGAAUGUACUUGCUAAUCAGGACAAAUCGUCAGAGAAGGAUAUCAGCACGAUGACUGAAUUGCUGAAGAAAUCUGUGGACAUGGCCUUGAAAAGUGACAGUGGACAUUUGGACCUCUUUCUUCGCUUUCUGCUGGGUCUCUCACUGGAAACAAACCAGAAACUCUUGGAUGGUUUACUGACAAACAGUCAGAGCACCCCACAGAGUAAGGAUGAAAUAGUCAAAUACAUCAGCGAAAAGUUGCAAGAAAACCCUUCAGCAGAGAAAUCAAUUAAUUUGUUCCACUGUCUUAGUGAGUUGAAUGACAAGUCUCUGGUAGACAACAUCCAAAAUCAGCUGGCGUCCGACAGUUUCUCUAAUAAAAAGCUGUCCCCCGCUCAGUGGUCCGCUUUAGUCUAUGUGCUGAUGACGUCAGAGAACGUGAUUGAAACGUUUGAGCUUCAGAAGUUUCAAAAGUCUGAUGAAUGCCUGAAGAGACUUCUACCUGUGGUCGAAAAUGCCACAAAAGCUUUGCUGGCUGACUGUUGUCUAACACAAGACAGUUGUUCUACUAUUGCAAAAAUACUUGGCUCUUCUUCGCUGAAGGAGCUGGACCUGAGUCACAAUGACAUUAAAGACGCAGGAGUGGAUAUUCUGGCCUGUGAACUGGAAACUCAACAGUGCAAACUUGAGACGCUUAGGCUGUCAGAUUGUGGUAUUACAGGGGGCGGGUAUGCAGCUCUUGCCAAAGCUCUCGAAUCAAACUCCUCACUCCUAGAGGAGCUGGACCUGAGAGGAAACAACCCUGGAAAUUCUGGAGUGAAGGGUCUCAUGGAAGCUGUGAACUAUGAAGACUGUAAACUUAGAUUUCUGAAGAGUGAUGCAGCUGAGCAAGCCUACCUGCAUCUGACCAAAACUUUGAAUGAAAACCUGUUGCUCCAGACAGAAUUGAAGCUGACUCAUAAGGAACUAAAUGAAACAGGACUGGACAAGUUUUGUGAGCUACUGAGAGAUGCACACUGCAUAUUCAAGAAACUCACACUUAAUAGAUGCAACAUAACAGAAAGUGGUGUUGAUAAACUGACUUCAGCUUUGAUGUCAAAUCCUUCUCACCUGAUAGAGCUGGAUCUUGGUGGGAAUAAAAUAGGGGACUCAGGAGUGAAGAACAUCUCAAACAUACUGACAUCAGAUGUGGAGAAUGCAAAGGAUGAACAAGAAGCAUUAGAAGUGGAGCUGAGAAAACCACAAUUACAAAGACUGGGGCUUAAGAACUGCAGCAUAAAAGGGGAGGGAUGUGCUGCUCUGAUAUCAGCUCUGGAAUCAAACCCUGCACAUCUGAAAUACCUGGAUCUAAAGGGAAAUGACUUCGGAGAACCAGAGAGGAAAAAGAUCUCUGCUCUGGUCAACGAUUCAAACAAAACAAUUGAAAUCAAGUAA